UUGUGGCCUUCCUGGUGGCAUAUCAUCAAAACAAGCAGCUAAUAGGAGAGAAGGGGCUGCUCCCUUGUAAACUGUACCUGCAGGAUGUCAAAAAGUAUUUCAAAGGGAAGAUAAACCUGGAUGCGCUGAGCUAUGCACCGACAAUCAUCUGGUUUCUGGACUGGUCAGACAUGGACAGCGCCUUGGACUGCCUCUCUCUGUUGGGCCUGGCAACUUCAGCCUUCGUAUUGGUAACUGGAUGCGCAAACAUGAUCCUCAUGGCUGUCCUGUGGGUUCUCUACCUCUCGUUUGUCAACGUUGGACAGAUCUGGUAUUCCUUUGGAUGGGAAUCGCAGCUGCUGGAAACAGGAUUCCUGGGGAUAUUCCUCUGCCCGCUCUGGUCCCUCUCCCACCUGCCCCGGCACACUCCUCCUUCCAGCAUCGUCAUCUGGGGCUUUCGAUGGCUAAUUUUCAGGAUCAUGCUUGGAGCGGGGCUGAUUAAAAUUCGAGGAGAUCGCUGCUGGAGAGAGUUAACUUGCAUGGACUAUCACUAUGAGACGCAGCCGGUGCCCAACCCCAUCGCCUACUUCAUGCAUCGCUCGCCGUGGUGGUUUCACCAGUUCGAGACCCUGGUCAAUCACUUCAUCGAGCUGGUGGUGCCGUUCUUCCUCUUCCUGGGGCGGCGGAUGUGCGUCGUACACGGCCUCUUGCAGAUCCUCUUCCAGGUGCUUCUGAUCAUAAGUGGAAACCUGAGUUUCCUCAACUGGCUGACCAUCGUGCCCAGCAUCGCCUGCUUCGACGACGCCAGCCUGGGGUUCCUGUUCAGCUCCAGGCGAGGAGGGGUGAAGGAGCGGGUGACGCAGAUGGAGCUCAAAGCAGCAGCCAGGGAGCAGCUUCCCCUGGGUAAGUUAGUCCCAGAGCGGGGGAAAAACAUGCACAGAGGCUGCUAUAUCCGCAAGGCGGUGAACAUCUCCUUCGGCCUCCUGAUUGCUUAUCUCAGCAUCCCGGUGGUCCUAAACCUGCUCAACUCCAGACAAGUCAUGAACACGUCGUUCAACCCCCUCAGAAUAGUGAACACCUACGGAGCUUUUGGGAGCAUUACCAAGGAGAGGACAGAAGUUGUCCUUCAGGGGACGUCCAGCCUGGAUCCCAAUGACCCCGCUGCUGUCUGGGAGGAGUAUGACUUCAAAUGCAAGCCUGGGGACUUGAAGAGGAGGCCAUGCUUCAUCACCCCCUACCACUACCGCCUCGACUGGCUUAUGUGGUUCGCUGCCUUCCAGACCUAUGAGCAGAAUGAAUGGAUAAUCCACUUGGCUGGGAAACUGCUGGCCCAGGAAGAGGAGACCUUGUCCUUGAUGGCAACGAACCCAUUCGCAGGCAGAGCACCCCCACGGUGGAUCCGAGGGGAACACUUCAAGUACAAAUUCAGCCGACCCGGGGGAAAGCACGCCAGCGAGGGGAGGUGGGGGAUUCGGAAGAGGAUUGGCCCUUUCUUCCCCCCCGUCUAACUCCAGGGCCUGAAGCAGUUUUAUGAAGAAUUGGCCGUACCCCGUGCGGGACUGAUGGAGGGAGGACAA